CCCGCCAGCUGAUCCUGGAUCAGAACCGUAAGCUCGACGUCUGAUGCGAUUCCACCGCCGUCAGACGAUCAGUAAAUGCGGUUGGUAGAUGACAUCCAGAGAAAUCUUGACCUCCUCUGUUUAGAGGUGAGCACUUUCCCCUUCUCCUCCCCACCUCCACCCCCGGCCCUCUCACACCCAAUCCAGCAGCUGCUAGGCGGAAGGCAACCCAAUGGCGACGGCGGGAAGUGCGACCAUGCCCGUGGAAGUUCUCCAAAACGGACUGGAAUUUCUGCUAGAUCCAGUCGACAGAUUCCCGCUAACAGAGGUCACCGCCGAUGUUGAGCGGCCAGAUCCAAUGGUGUUGGUGGACGUCCUGCAGUCAGCACCGGCAGCCAACGACUCUUCUUGCGCCGUUUUGAUCGGCCAAUUCGGUGAAUCUUCAGAACAAAGCAAAAUCCACGGAAAGAGGCCGCAUUCACCGACAGGGACCGCCGAGUCCACCGGGGAGGUGAACCCAGAAGCGCCAGGAUGGACCAGAAGACUUCGAAUUGGACGUGCCCCUCCAGAUCGAGCACCAUGUGCUGGUAGAGUCACCCCAUUAGAAGAAACCAUAAGGAAAUAUGCUGACAAACCUACUGAGAAUGUAGUGAAGCCAGAGAUUGGGAUGAGUUUUGAUUCUCUUGGUGAAGCUUAUGAUUUCUAUAACCUAUACUCAUGGGAACUUGGAUUUGGUAUAAGGUAUGGCAAGAGUCGUUUGAAUGUCGAGAGGACAAAAUGUACGCAAGAGAUCGUCUGCGGAUGCUCGAGUGGUGCUGUGACGAGGACAAACAUUGCUAUUGAGCGGCAUGCGAGUAAGAUAUAUACAAGGAAGAUGUUUGAACAAUUUGGUGAGAACCUGUUUGAGGGGGGGGGGGGGGGGGGGGGGGAGGGGGCAUACCAAAUUGAGGAGGUGGAAAAGAAAAAGAAAUAUAUUGCAAGACACAACGACGCAGAAAAACGAGAGAGGUGGAGCAAGGUGGCAUAUGAGGUGACAAUAUCAGAUGAUGUUGAUUGGUUCGAUUGUGAAUGUGGGCAAUUUGCCCACACAGGGAUGCUAUGCUGCCAUGCUUUAAAGGUUAUGGACUACAUUGGCGUGCAGGAAAUCCCAAAGCGACACAUCCUGAAAAGGUGGACAAAAGAUGCUAGGGACAUCUUGCCACAACACAUUGCUCACUUCCAAAAAGACCAGGCUGUUAAUCAAUCAUUUACCUGCCGGAGCUCAACUCUGUACCUACAUGCUAUGGAACUGGUGAGGAUCGGUGGCUGCAUACGAGCUUGUACUUGGGAGGAUGAAGGACUUGAUACUAGAGGCAACUCCAGUAGCAGAAAUUAGAGAUGGACUAGGGUUUGAGGAUAAAAUAGCUGCCGAAGCUAAUAAAAAAAACAAUGUCUCAGGUAUGCCGUUGUUGGUCAAUGACAGUGCAAUGGUUGACAAUGAUAAUAGCGUAACCGCGUCUGGCAACUGGGAUGCACUCGCUGGUCUGUCAGCACCAAGCAAGAAACGGGGAGUUGGGCGGCCAUGCUCGAGCAGGGAGGAGGCGCCGUAUGAAGGGUUAAGCAAACGGACAAGGUUCUGCAGAAUAUGCAAGCUCCCAGGGCGUCAGAGAACCACAUGCCCAGAAAGAGGUGAUGUGCCAAAGCAACCUCGCAAACCUGUUACAUGCAAGAACUGCGGUGUCGUGGGACAUCGUCGCACAUCAUGCAUGAGGCCGCUGGCCAGUAAUGCAUUUUGAGACUGGCGUGUGGAUGUGCUCUUUUGUUUGCCCCUCCAUUCCUUCCAGCUUCUUUGCUUUUGGUUAUGCUUUGUCCUUAGUACUCCCCAAGUUAUUCUGGUACUGUGGGCUUUUCUUCCUCUAGCCCUUUCAAUGACUGAUGACUUUGGACCCUUCCCAUUCCUUAUUCGCACAUACUCUUGUGCCCCUCAGAUAUGGGAAUGCUGUCAUGCUAAGUACUACUCCCUCCGUUCGGAAAUAACUGACGUGGUUUUAGUUUAAAUUUAAAUUAAAACCACGUCAGUUAUUUUCGAACGGAGGUAAUAGAAUACAGUCAUGCUAAGUACAAAGUACUAGAAAAUGAACCACUAGCGCAUUACUAUGCUUUCGGGGUGUAUUUCUCUUUUUGUUUUACUCUCAUGGCAUUGCCUUAACGCUUUUUCCUGUGGUUAUGGUCUAUCAUGUCCUAGUGUGAUUUGUAUGUUGUCCCAUGUAUACAAGUAAUUGAUAACUAAAAACACAUGAGCAUAUGGUUUCAUAGUUCCUUUAUUUAUAUGGAUGUACAAGCAUGCCGUUUUGGGUUGCUGCUUAUUUUGUAUUAUUGUGACAAUACUUUGAAGGCUGUGGUUCAUUAAAUCAAAUACUGUUGUUUUCACUUUGCUUGCAGUUAUUGUAGUUUCAUGGAUGAUUAUUCUGGUGUUGGGUUGUUUUGUUGAACAUUUUAUUAGCACGACACUUGUUGUCUGCCAAUUUGAAUAUAUUGUAUUGGUCAUUAGCCACUAUAUGUAGUUAUGCUUUGUGUUGUGUGCAGUCUAAUUUCUUCACUUUUGGCCUCCUGGAUGUUUAAUACUUAAUAUCAAACACAAGAUCAAAAUUACACGACUAGAUUCAUCAUAAAAACUGCUUUAGUUAUUGAUAACAUUUUUAUGGUUUUACUACAAGUAGUGGUGAAACUGUUGGACCAAAAGAAAUACUCCCUCCGUCUCAAAAUACAAAACUACUUCACAGCCGAUACUUCAUGCACGGUUCACAAUCCGAUGGAUGAGCUGCACUUCAUUCUAUGAUAUGACGGCUGGAUGUGAGGCAUCGUGCAACAAUUGUUUAUGCAGUGUCGUCUGCAUAGAGUUCCUCAAAAUAUAAGAUGUUUUUGUAGGUUAAACUAGCCUACGAAAAUGUCUUACAUUUUUAGACGGAGCAAUUAAUAAGAUGAUACAUGAUCCCUUGCUUCUGGCUUGUAGUGCAUAAGUUUGACGAAAUUCUAUUUGUUAGUGCUAGUUAAGCUCAUGCAUUUCUAAAAAGUAUGCGUAUGAGCUAGAAGCCAGAUCUAUUUUUAUUUUUUUUUUGCUUUCCUACUCCAUGAGCCCGUCAUAUGCCCACUGUUCCUUUAGGCUCUAUUCAGACCAGUAUAGCCAAAUACUUGUAAUGUUAGAAAUUGAAGGUGUGGUACUGCCCACUACGCUACAAUUUACCUUAUUGUUGUUCUCUGACUCUGUCUAAUGUUGAUUUGUCUAAUAAUGAUGAGAUGAUUCACUUUUGAAACUUUUGGGUGCAUUCCCACAAUAGUGAUGAAGCUAAUGUUUACUGUUUUGGGUCAUACAAAAGUUAGGAGAAUAACUCCAACGGCUUUUGCCGAAUAAAUAGUACAAAAUUGCUUGACUCAUGAUGAUAUUGCUUGCUUCACAGGAUCUAGAGCUACAUUCUGGUGACUGAGAUGAAGAAGAAAUGGGUUGUUGGCUGUAGGCAGGCUCUUGUAUUUUGUAUGUUGGACCUUGAGAUUGACUCUCUGUGUAGCAAGCAUGCACUGGUCUGCUGUGAAGUGCACCUGUAGGAAUUAGUUGCUUGAUUUGACAACUUCCGUCUGUUAUCUAGUUCCCUUAUGUAUGCAUCCUUCAACUGGCAUGAUGGCUGAAGGCACAUUGACUACUUGCUUUGGUUAACGAGUACUUAACCUGUGGUUUCUUUAA